GCGUCUUGUGAUAUUUUGUUCUAAUUCAAUUGAAUUUGAUGCUAAACGAUUAAUAAAUUCAGAGACGAAUCUAUUUGCAUCCACUAGAUUCCGUUCAUUAUCAUCGUCGGGAUCAGAAUCAGAA